AUGACCAUCCCUCACUACGGCGUCUGGAUCGCCCAACCAACCCGCUACACCGCCCAAACCGAAGAAGAAGAUCCCAAGUCCCCUCACAUCUACCUCUACUUCAAAGACGAUUCCUCCUCCAGCAAGGACUACGAAGCCGCCAUCAACGUCAAAUCCACCGGCAAAGACUCUCGUCUCGUAUACUGGUUCGACCGGAGCUUCAGCCACCCGAUCACCGAGCAGCUUUCUAAUCUCGAUGAGGGCUUCCACCUCCUCAAAUCCUAUUCCCACCGCAGUCGUCGACACCAAGAAUCCUCCUCCAAGCUGAAGGGCUUGGACUUCAUCCGCACAAAGGGUCUUGUGAAUAUCGAGUCGGGUGCGGUCCUCUCUGAGGCCGACACCGGGCCGCACAAUGCUGUGCUCGAGGCAUUGGAGCCUAUUCUCAAUGAUGCGAUCAGUAAGAAAGCAACGGUGUAUAUCUUUGGGUCGUCGUAUGGGUCAGGGAUCCAUGAUGUUCAUAUGAAUCAGGGGAGUGCGCCGUCAUAUGAGAAUGGAAUUUAUGAGGAUGGGGCGUUGUUGUUUAGUUUCGGGGAUGGGCAUUGGGAGGCGGUGUUUUUGGCGUUUGCGUCGCAGGAGAUUCCGACGGAUGAUAAGGGGGAGCCCGAGGAGGGGAGUAAGACUUUGGCUAGUAUUCUGGGUCAAAUGUUACUGCGAGAGGCAGUGACAUUCGGUACUAGGUUCAUUGCCUAA